CGAGUAGUUGAAGAUCGUGCUAUGCCAAUUCUUCAUGUCACUAACAAAUAUGGGAAAGCAUGAUACGUACCAGGGUCAUUCGUAUCAACCUGUAGAGGCUUACUGAAUGACUCUGGAUUCACGGGCACCAUCAGGGAGGUUAUGAAGGCUGGGGGCUGCAGCUGUUCAAGGACACUUGUAACUGGAUUCUGUCUUGGAGCUAAGUAUGGCAUUGACUCUAUUCCAAGGAGCUGGAUUGACAAGACCUUUGCUGCUGAAGAAGGAUUGAGACUUGCUCUACAAAUAGUUAAAAUGUCUUAAACAAAACUUUUUAAUGACAAUACAUGCUGUGUUUAUAUCAGUGGUAUCUUUAUAUCAGUGGUAGAGUGAAUUGUAAUGUUAAAACUGAGCAAUCAGUAUCAUUACAAUGAUUAUUAUGAUCACUGAUAUGAAUUCAUUACUGAUUUUUAUAGUUAAAGUUAUACUUCCUCUUAUAAUAGCAACAGUAAAAGGAAGUUCCUCCUCUUUCCUGGACUGGAAACAUGGAAGGGUUGCUAGCAGAAGUGAAGGGUCUCUCGGCUGUUAAAGGAAGGGCUGUGGCUGGUUUCCUUGGAGCACUAGUAGCUGAUGCAGCUGGUCAGCCGCUUCAGUGGAUCUAUAAUGAUGAUACUAUGUCUUCUGCCAUAUCUGCUGAUCCAGAUAAGCCUGAGUUUAUCAGUCCUUCUAAAAAUGGAUUCUACAAGUUACCUACAGGAGCACAGAGCAACUUUGGAGACCAGAUGAUGGUCACAGUGAGGUCAUUAGCACAUUCAAAAGGAUUGAAUAUUGAGAGCUACACUGCUGAUUUCAUAAAGGCAUUUGGUGAAGGAUCGGAGUAUGAUAAAUUUGCUAAACUAAAGUCAAAUCCUGAGACCAAGCGACCAAUAGAGGGACCGUGGUCAAAUGGUACCAUGGUACGAUUCGUUGAGCUGCAGAAAGAGGGCAAGACAGCAAGAGAUGUAACAGAUGAUAAACUAAAUGAUCCUGACAUAUUCCCAAGAGGAUAUCCCCUACUGUUAGUGUAUGCAGGUAAACCAACUGGUGAUUCUGUCAUACGUGACUUCACAACAUUAAUGCAAAGCAGUGAAGUAUCACUGGGUAUCAUGGACGCUGCAUAUAAACUAGCUGAACUGUAUAUUACUAAUGGAGAGAAAGAGGGAGAAGAUAAUGUCAAGAAACUUAUUGAUAUGUUAAAUGCAUCUCCAGCUGAGAAUAAGUUCAUAUUGUCAAUUCUUAAUGAAGCACAUGGCAGUCAGUCCACUAGCAUUAAGGAUGCUACCAAGAAUUUUGGCAAAGGAUGCUCUAUCCCUGGAUCAUUUCAAGCCUCUCUGAGAGCUGUACUUAAUGAUAAAGGAUAUACUGAAACUGUGAGGGAGGUAAUUAGAUCAGGAGGUGACAUAUGUUCAAGGUUACAUACAGUUGGAUUCUGUCUUGGAGCUAAGUAUGGCAUUGACUCUAUUCCAAGGAGCUGGAUUGACAAGACCUUUGCUGCUGAAGAAGGAUUGAGACUUGCUCUACAAAUAGUUAAAAUGUCUUGAAGAAGACUCUUAAAUUUUGAAUAGUAGUGAAGACUUACUGUUACUUUUAUAGCUAGUUUUAAAGUACAUUAUUACCUGACUCUAUUAGCAGUUGCUUGUACAGUUAGUUAAUCAAUCAGUUAGUUAAUUAGUUAUUGAGUUAGUUUGAAGG